CACCGCCAUGUUCGUCGCCCGCGCCCUCCGCCCCGCUGCCCGCGCUGCGCACCUCGCCCGCGCUGUGCGCGCAUCGAGCAGCGUCGCCCUCAACCCCGCCGACCUCUCCCCGCGCGCCGCUGCGCCCGGGCAGGCGCCGAACCGCGCCAAGCCCUGGUCAGAGGACCAGCAGCCCAAGGCAGACGCAUAUGACAACCCGCGCUUCGAGCAGGUCAACCUCCCCCUCCAGCCCGAUGGGCUUAGCGCUAUGGCGCUUGUGAAUGAGCAGCCGAUCGUCAAGUUGGAGGCGCGCAGGGCGGUGUGCGAUGGUGGCGGCGGCCCCCUCGGCCACCCAAAGAUCUACAUCAACCUGGACAAGCCAGGAGCUCACGCCUGCGGCUACUGCGGUGCCCGGUUUGAGCAGGAGCACCACCACUAGGGUAUGCAUAGUAUUAGCGGUUCGCUGGGUGUGGAGGCCGGAUGUUGAGGGGGGGCCGAGUGCUCUCAUUGUGACGAGGCGAGGGGAGAUGCUUUCAACGGGAGGUGAGGGUUUGCCUGUGUCGGUGCGUAGGCGAGCGGGUACGGAGAACGCCUUACGCAUUGGCAUUCUUGACUGCUCAACUGCCGGUUGCACAGGAUCAAGCUGGACGUGACGCGCGAAA